AUGACCGAAGAAUAUGAGAUUUCUACUUAUGAUCGUCACAAAUUGAAUUAUAAUCAAAUCGCUUUAGGGCGUUUACCGAUGCCAGUAAUUAACGAUUAUACAAUUCGAACAAUUUUGAAUUCACCGAACAAAAUUAGUUAA